UAUUUAGGACAUCCUUUUUUUCAUACCAUUUUUUUUUCUGAAUGUCUUUUGUAUUUUCAGCUUGUUCAUCAUAAAACAGCUGACAAACAAAAGGACUUCUUGGUCAGUUCGGAUGGAGAAGAUGAUCAAGAACAGGUAAUAGAGCUCCUUAAGGCUGUCAUUAAACUUUGAUGAGCAUCUGCCUGGAAUUAUCAGCAACGUCGGUUAUCUUUAGAGGGACAGUCGAUCACGUAGGGAGCAUGGGAAAGCACCCCUGCCUGUCUCUUUGGAGGAGCAGAUAAUACACAGAAAGAAGAAUGGUAAGUGAGGCAGCUUUCACUCUUUGGCAUCACUUUAUAACAAGUCACACCUUAUCAUGGGGUUUUAAGACGUAAGAAGUGGCUUUAUAAAUAGUUUUGGCAAUUCCAUGAAUGGGUUUUACACUCUGCAGCUCUUUUCCAUAAGGUCAUUAUAUGUACCAGAGUGUGCUGGUGGAGUACUGGUAUUAAUAAAUGGUUCAUUAACCUUUAAUAAAGCUGCUUUUGGCUGUUUCCUUAUCCACACGGGAUUACCACAGCAGGUGGCUCCACAUGUUUGUUUUGGCAGAGUUUCUAUGUCAGAUGCACUUCCUGAUGCAGCCCCAGUGGAAUUUGUCUGUCCUUCCUGGAUCAAACCAGGGAUCUUUCAGCUGCUUAUUAACCGUUAAUUAAGCCAUAUUAUAACAUUAUACCCCUUCCUUUAUAGAACUUUUAGAAGAACCAUAUCCUCUAAAUUCAUCUAACUUCUCAUCUUUCCUGCAUUAUUCUUGCAGUGAGUCAUGCUUUGGUGCAGAUGUGGUGUCCUGCUGGCUCUCUGCAUCUGUCCUCUAGCCUGCCUUGCAGUGUCUCCCUGUCCUACUGGGUGCUGCUGUCCAGGAUUUCUGGUUCUGUGUGAGUCACUAGGCCUGAGGUCACUCCCUCGCUUGGUUCCUCUCAGUACCUCGGCUCUAUCUGUGGCCAGAAACCAGCUCUGUAAUGUGGACCACCAGCUCUGGCCCUUCUCUGGCCUCCAGGAGCUCAGCCUCAGUCACAAUCUGCUAGCCCGCUUCCCUCGUGGCCUGCCUCCCAGCCUGGAGUCCCUGCAGCUGCAAGAAAACCGCAUUACUUACAUCACCUCAGGUGUCCUGAGGCAGCUGGGAAACCUCACUCACCUGGACUUAGAGGACAACCGUAUUCGUGCCAUCCAGCCCGGGGCACUUCAGGGUCUCCAUAAGCUGCAGGUCCUGAUGCUGAAGGGGAACAGGCUUACCAGUCUCCCCAUGAGUCUUCCACCAUCACUGACCCACUUAGAUCUUUCAGAAAACUGCAUCUCUGCCUUGGACCUGCCCUCACUGUCUGCCCUGGUCAACCUGCAGGUCCUGAAGAUCAACAGCAACUGCCUGCGGUCAGUCCCAGAGAGCGCCUUUGACAGCCUGCCACGUCUCAGAUCUGUGGACCUCACCAACAACCUGUGGGUGUGCGAGUGUGACAUUCUGUAUCUGUACCGCUGGCUGCUGAGCGGUAGGCUUAAGAUGGCCACAGACAUUGUGUGCACAGAGCCUGAUCAUCUCGCCCACCGUCUGCUUCUGAAUCUCUCUGUCGUGGCCAUCUGUCCUCGUGUCCUGAAGCCAAAUGACAGGACACACGAACGUGACCUCAGCUCUGCACAGGCGAGGAUGCUAACAGCGCAGCCAGCAGAGAAAAUAUCAAAACUAACCACUAAUGGACUGCUUUCUGAAGCUCUAAACAGUAAUCAAGACUCUUCCAAGACGCGUGUCUUGCACUACUCUUUAGAGACUCUUACCUAUGAGGAGUGUUUAUCCCUAAAUAACAGUCAGUCAGUCAGCCCCUUCCAUUUAAAGACUACUACUUCUCUCCCUGAGGAGGAACAGAGGUGCAGAGACAACAUUACAGCUCGAUACCCUCAGAGUAACGUAACCCUUGCUGAGGGGACACAGUUCUUGCUUUCCACACAUAGAGAUGCACUCGUGCCCACUCUCGUCCCACAGCUGUUCACUCAGCAGGCCUCUGCAGCGAUAGUCUCUCUGCUCGUUGUGCUGUGUGUGUUAGUGGCUCUCGUAAUGCUGGCAGUGCUGCUCGUGCUGAAAAAGGUGCUUGUGCGUCAGCAGAGGGUGGCUCCUGCUGAUUCAGGAUCAGCAGGAUGA